AUGGACGAUUUGAAAAAGGACGGGUGUGACACCGUUGUGUAUUUGAGAGUCAAGGACACGGAAACAGUUUGUGGACGUUUCUUAAAGGAACUAUCUCUUUCUGUUCGUCAUCUAUCUAUCUAUCUAUCUAUCUAUCUAUCUAUCUAUCUAUCUAUCUAUCUAUCUAUGUUCGUAUCUAUCAAUCACAAUCUGUCUGCAUGUAUGUCUCUUCUUUCUUUCUUUCUUUCUUUCUUUCUUUCCUUCUUCCUUUCUUUCUUUCUUUCUUUCUGUCUAUCUAUCUAUCACAAUGUGUUUGAAUCUGUCUGUUCAUAUCUAUCUAUCUAUCUAUCUAUCUAUCUAUCUAUCUAUCUAUUAUGGGACCUUAACCAAAAUAACAUAAUGGACUAUUCCAUAGUUCUUCUUUAUUGGUUCUACCUUGGACUAUCACCGUGGUACAAGGAACCGGACCAUAACACUAUCUAUCUAUCUAUCUAUCUAUCUAUCUAUCUAUCUAUCUAUCUAUCUAUCUAUCUAUCUAUCUAUCUAUCACAAUCUUUCCGCAUGUAUGUCUGUUCUUUUCUAUCUAUCUAUCUAUCUAUCUAUCUAUCUAUCUAUCUAUCUAUCUAUCUAUCUAUCUAUCUCUGUCCGUAUCUAUCAAUCACAAUCUUUCCGCAUGUAUUUCUGUUCUUUUCUUUCUAUCUAUCUAUCUAUCUAUCUGCUUUAUAUCUAUCUAUCUAUCUAUCUAUCUAUCUAUCUAUCUAUCUAUCUAUCUAUCUAUCUAUCUACUAUGCUAUCUAUCUAUCUAUCUCUCUAUAUAAUAAUCUAUCAAGCUCAGUCAAGUCAUAUCUAUCAAAUGUUACUCGAAAACCUCGCCCAACGGAACUCUAA